UCUCUUCUGCACCCCCCUGACCCCUAACUUUGCUGCAUUAGAUUGCACCAGGAUCUCACUUCCCUAAUCAGCAAAUUACUACUUUCCCAUUCUCUUUUUGGAGUUAAUUUCACACACACAUACACAAAAAGAGUUUGGUUCUUCAGGAUCAAGUAUCAGAAUAAUCAUGGGCGAUUCUUCUGCAUCAUAUAUACAUAUGGUGCAGCAUCUGAUAGAAAAGUGUUUGAUCUUCAACAUGACAAAAGAAGAGUGCAUGGAAGCACUCUCCAAGCAUGCCAACAUCAAACCUGUCAUCACUUCCACUGUUUGGAAUGAACUUGAAAAGGAAAACAAGGAAUUCUUUGAAGCCUACGCACAAUCUCAAAGCAAACAAGACCGAAUGUCAGAGGAAGAGACAAGUCAAAUGAUCCAGAGGAUGAUCUCGGAUUCCUCUAAAGACGCCGACGAAUAAUAUAAUAUUGCCAAUCGAAAACGAUCUCUCCUUGGUGUUCUGCUUCGUGGUAGCCCUCCUUCUCUCUUCCACGUCCAGCCAAACAUAUAACACCAAAAUUGAAAUUAUUUUAUUUUGAUUAUCAAUGGUCCCUUCUCCAAAUAAAAUCUAGGCUACCCUAAAUACAAUAACCAAUAAUUAUAUGCCAUGUCAAAAUUUCAAGGAUUAAAAUACAAUGGGUAUUCUUGUAAUUUCAUUUUAACAUGAUGUACUUAUGUGUUGAAUGAUGAUCGGAUAGAUCAUCAUUAUAUUUAUUAUAUAUGUAUAUGAAGCUGAAGAUUGUCGUUCGAUAUGUUUUAUUCUAUGUAAAUAGGAGGGGAUGAUAGUUAUGAUUCUUAUGUUAAAAAAAAAUAGAGGCAACAUCUGAAAAUCUGCGUCAUCCUUUGUCUUUGCAUAAAAUUUUUGGCUUUGCUUUGUCUGAUAUUAUUGGUAGACUAUACAUGGCUGGUUGUGGCAUUUUUUUUGUUAUUACUGUUAUUAUUGUGGAUUAAUAAAUAGAGUAAAAUUAAAAACAGUGGGGACUCAUAGAACUUAGCCUUUAGCAGCCUGGUCAGAGAUAGUCCUGGAGAAGCCGGAAGUCUGAAUUAAUCGAGUGCUUAUCGGUGUAUUCACUUCAAUUGGAUUUUGUUUUUUUUUUUUUUUUUUUUUUUCUGGGCAUUCAAAAUGAAUGGGAAAGUCGAGAGUUUUUAACACUUGAAACAGGAACUAUGGCAUGGCUGUGGGUGGGUUCUGGUUGGAGCUAUAUCCACCUUCAUGUGCAUAUGAACCUAACGCUCGAGUCUCUCGAGCGCAUUUUGAAAUACAUUGUCCUCCUGUAAGUAUUUUGAUGAUCAAAUAAGUAUUAGUUAAUUAUCCAGAAAUAAAGGAAAAAUAAACAACAAAAUAUAUAAAAGAAUUGGCCGACAAGAAAUAAUGUUGAAAGUCUUCAAUUUUUACUUGGACCACACCUAAGAAGGCAAAAUCCCACCCUUUGGCCCAGCUUCCAAAUAAUGCCGUGUAUCCUUCAAAUUGUUGUUCUGCUACUAGACUUGCAUUUACUUGUUAAACUCGUUCUCUGCUAAGCUAAGUUUUAAGAUCUGCCUAGUAGGCCAGUGACCUUAUCUUUCCAUGAUUCCAUCAUUGUUUCGACAAAAAUCUCCCUCCCAACAAGCCC